AUGCCUGCUGUAACCUUACGCAGGACGGGAACGAAAACGGGAACGGGAACGAAGGGGAAUGCUCAAACAACGGAGGACCAAAUCAAGCCUUUUCUCAGAUUCGUGAGCGGGGAAAUUGACACCUUGACCCUGGUCAACGUUGAAGUUCUCGAACAGACCAUGGUCAACGUCGAAAUUAUCAAAGAGACAACAGACCCAAGUUACAAAGUCACCAGCCAACCACGGCAGGACUUGGGCCCCUCCACCACUGGUGUGCUACAUUCUGGGACCGCCGUCAGAGAUGAAGGUUUGCCAGAAGAGUCUCUGGACAGGCUGUCGGAUACUCAUUCGGGGUCGUUUAGGAUACGUCGGAUGCAUGAGCAGUCUACAAUGAAUCGAAAAAGGAGCAGACUGCCGCGCGCUGGAAUUUCCACCCCCGAAGGCGACGCUCUCAUGAAUUGCCGAGCAUGCUUCGACACCAUGAAACAUCCCAUUUAUCUGGAUUGUGGCCAUACCUAUUGUCGACUUUGUCUCAAUGAACUUGUCAGGGUCGGCACCGCAAAUAGGAUCCAAUGGCCACCGACAUGCUGCUUUUCUGGGCGGCCCAUGGAUGUAAGUUCAAUCCGACAGCAUCUUGACGAGGAAGUCCUUUCCCGCUACCUUGAGGUCAGCGAAGAGUACUCAACCCGCAACCCAAUCUAUUGCUCCAACAAAUUCUGCAGUCUCCACAUUCCCCCAAGCCAGAUUGAGGACAACAAGGAAAAGUUUGUCCUGUGCAGCAAGUGCCGAGCCGAGACCUGUGUCGAAUGCAAACAAGGACGUUCGGACCAUGUCGGGAUUGAAGGAACUACCUGCAAGAGCCCUGAGGCGCUGAUGGACGAGAGGGAUUGCAAACUUGCCAGAAGCAAGCAAUGGAAACAAUGUCCUAGCUGCAAGAAUCUGGUCGAGAGGACAGAGGGAUGCGACCAGAUUCGACGCACCUUCAUCAUCGACUUCACUCGAUACACAGAACUUCUCUUGCUCCCGACGGUCCAAGAGGCCUAA